AUGGCCGACAAACUUCACAACGCCAUACGAUCCUUGUCCAUCGAAGAUGAUGAUCCGGUAACAUUACCAGACGAUCCGAAAUUCCGGGUUUUUGAUGCUAACGCUACCAGUUUGAUGGGGAGGCUUUUGAAUCCGGAUUGCCAACCAAUGGCCAAGAUGAUCAACUAUAUGCCCACGGCUUGGAGAAUUCCAGUUUAUCUUCCAGCGGGAAGAGGAUCUCUUAACUGUCUUAAGAGAUCGGCCUUGGUCUUACAACCACUGGACAAUGCUCUUGGAGAGAUGGACCCCAAAUCCGCCAGCCUCGUUCCUUACAUCUUUGGACGUCUGAUAAGGAAUAUACCGGUGAACUAUUAUACAUCUGAUACGAUGUAUGCCCUCGCUAAGAAGAUUGGCAGGGUGGUGGAGUUGGCCUAUGACCCAAAGGUUUCGCAAACGACUGAUUACGUGCGUGCCAAGGUAUGCUUCAAUGUGGAGAACCCAGCCUUGGAGGCUAAGAAUCUCAUAAUACCGGAGGAGGUAGUGGUCAUUAAGUACGAAUAUGAGAAGAUUCAUAAAAGAUGUUUCUCAUGUCUUCGCUUGACACAUGAAAAAGCUCACUGUCCUUUCCUUAAAAGGGCACAGGCGAACAGAGGUGGAACAUCUAAAGAAGGGGAAGCUAUUAGAAAUACUCAGAUACCAGCGCUGCUAGCUGCGCCUCUGGAAUCGCCUCCGGGUUUUCCUACGAUGUUUCCAGAACUAUCUAAAGAAGAUAGGCAAGCGGCCAUGAUGUAUGUCUCCCAUGCGGACGAGACUGAGAGGAGAGCUAGAAUCUUACGUGUCCAACAUUCCAUCGAAAAUGCGAAAGAUGAUGACACAAGUGUGCCUAUCAGAAUAUCCCACAACCUCAACAAAGAUAAAGGGCUGGUGUUUGGCUAUAGCCAUGGUGAUGAUAGCAACAGCGAGAGCAAUAAUACCAAUACUCUUCAUGCUGUCUCGGCCCCUGCUUUGCUAAAAGAUAAAGAGGACAGAGCUGCUACCUCUGGGGAACAGAGUGCUUCAUCCAACUUUCAGAUUAACGGUUCAACGGUUUUCAGAUUGGGUAACACUACUUCAUCUGGAUAUACCGGAACUUCGAGAUCUAAAAGGAUUGAUCGGAAAAGACCACCAGCCUGGGUGAGAAAGUGA